ACUGUCACGUCGCUCAAUUGAUUGCAGUGUAGUGAAAGGGUCUCAUGUGUUCUAUUCUGCACAGGAAUGCAAGGGGCGGACACACAACUAUACUAACUGUUUUUAGUCGAACAACCGUAUUUAAACGUAAGUUCUUCGUGUAGGACUACAGUAUAGACGGUUCUUAAACAGACCUUUUUAAACGCAUUUAACACCCGCACAGACUGGAUUUAAAUAUCGGAAACUCUCUACAGAAACAACAAAACGACUCUCUGGAAAACUAUCUAUUUUUACGCGUUUCUUUAAAAUGACAAUCAACUCCAUACUAUUUUAAACUAGAACUUUUAACUAGAGUUUUUCGAAAUUACUUAUCUUAAUCUUAGUAUCUUAAUUUACCCUUUGUUGUAUGAUACCAUAUACAGUCAUCGACGUGCUAUUUUUAAGUGCCCUUGGCAAGCGCGCGCUGGACUACUGGAGGAUUGAUACUCUUAACUUUGAUAGUAUUACUUCAUUUUAAGUAAAUAUUAAAGUACGAAUAGAUAUUAAUCAGCUGCGUUUGCUAACUUUUUCGCAUUGUUCGGUUAUUGAGUUGUUUGCCCAUUGUUUUCUGACACGCCUCGACUUUUAAUCUGCAUAGACAUGAACUAGAUUUAGUUCUGUCAGAAAAAAAAACUAUAUUUAAAUCAUAUCUAGGUCAUAUCUAGUAGACAAAGCUGAAGUGCGAUAUUUAUUCACCACGAUUCCUCGAUAGUUUUUUUUUAUUAUUAUUUGCAUCGUUUUCGUAACACUAUUUUGUGUCGCGAGUUGAUCUGUGUAUUUAAGGAUGUUUUUCCACAACGGUGCCACCAGUUCGAAAAAGCUGCUGGUUUGGUUUUUUUUGCUUCUGGUUCGUUCAGUUUUAUGUCAUGGUUUUCUUGAAGCGUCCAACUCUAGCUCUUUUAAUUUGGGGUCUGUUAUUCUGGAGCCUCUGGAUGGACUGAGAAGAUAUGUGGAGUCCAUUGUUGGCACCCACGUGAUUGGGAUUUGUGCUGAGAAUGCUGCGUUGUACCUUGAGUCAGUUGUUGGCCCAGAGAACCUCUAUUCUUUUGCUAUGUUUGUUGAAAUGUUGCUGAAGUUUGUCGCUGAAGGAGCUGCCAGUGGACUGAAUGUCAUCGCUGUCUAUGUAUCUGAGAUUCUCCGAGCUACGGGAGUGAAUGAGACAAUAUCUAUCCCUCAUUUCACUGCUGAGGGCGUGUCUGCUGUCACCAAAUGGGCAAUGCUGGCUCUGACGGGUUACUGGAUCUUGUGUGUCUUGCUGCGGGUCACCGUGGCAUUUGUAAGGCGAGUCUUUUGGUUACUUAAAAUGGUCGUAGUCAUGUGGCUCUUCGCACGGAUCGUCAAUGACCCCAGUGCGUCAACAGAUACCACCACAGUGAGACUGACACUACUUGUGCUUAUCUGUGCUGUGUUUGAAGUCGCCACAAGCAACAAUGUUGGGAAAGCAGCCAGUCUCGAGAGCCGAAUCAGCAGCCUGGAGGGACAAGUCAAAGGGAUGGAAAAAAGGAAAGUAGAGUGAUAAGCAACUCAAAAAAGGAGUAAUGCAGUAGAGGUGGAGCAAUGAUAGAAACUCAUGAAAAAAGGGAGAUAAUGAAUCAGGCCACAUACAUACUGCAGAUAAAUAUGGUUGUCCCUCCACUUCUGAGUGCUUAAUCAAUUAUAUUCUGUACAUGCAAAGUUUGGUUUCUUAUGGGAAUGACAACUACAUUCUACAACUGAAUUCACUGCUGAAAAUUUCAGGUUAUUACAACCAUAUUUACAAUAAAUCUACUUAGUGUUUACAUAGCUAAACUGGACAAUUAGUUCUCAAUUACGUAAUUAAUAGCACAUCUGAGACUAAUAACACAUCACACUUUAUGGUCCAGAAAAUCACAGGGUUUAAAAGCAGCAGCUCAAUGAGCAUAAACAAAACACUAACAUAAAACACUAUUUUUUUUUAUUUAAAUUGCGAAUUAAUAAUGCGUCUUCAGCCGUGAAUAUUAGUGUUGUCAAAAAUAGCUAUAACCAAACAAGUUAAACUGCUGGCAUACAUGUUUCUUGAUUACUGUGUUGUUAGAUUCCAAACAAUUGCUCUGGUUAUAAUUGUUAUGAGUGAUUACAUAUUCUAUACACAUGGAACAAUAAUUAGGGGAUUCACUCUUGAAAUUAAAUGUCACUCUCAGAACUGCUUUAGGAUUAUUUUUGUCUGACUAUUGCUUUAUCUCUCUGUAUUUCAUGAUAAAUUAUUUGGGCCAGUGAGACUAAUCCUUAUUUAUGGUGGUAUUUCACACUAGGUAGUAAAACAUGUUUUCAUGUUAUCUAUUUUUUCAAGAAUGUAAAGAAAGAACAAGACAAAAUCCCAUCAGAUAAAAUAAAGUUAUCUAUG